UGGCAGACUGGCAGUUGGGGAGGUAGCCGAAGCGCCGAGAAAAAUGGCCACGCGGCCACUCGCUGCCUCCACUCUUCUUCCUCCCCUCCGCUUCUGCUCCCCUCUCAAAACCCCACCUCCCUCUCCUCCUCCUCCUCACCUCCGCCGCCUCCAAACCCUAACCCGCGCGCUCGCCUCCUCCUCCUCAGCCAUGGCGUCGCCGCCCGCGAAGAAGGUGCUGGUGCCGAUCGCGAGCGGGACGGAGCCGAUGGAGGCCGUCAUCACCGUCGACGUGCUCCGCCGCGCCGGGGCCGACGUCUCCGUCGCCUCCGUCGACCCCGGCUCCGCGCAGGUCGGCGGAGCCUGGGGCGUCAAGCUGGCCGCGGACGCGCUGCUCGACGACCUCGCCGACGCCGAAUUCGACCUCAUCUCGCUCCCGGGAGGUAUGCCAGGGUCUUCCAAUCUUAGAGACUGCAAACUUCUGGAGAACAUGGUUAAAAAGCACGCAGGAAAGGGCAAACUUUAUGCUGCAAUAUGUGCUGCACCAGCUGUCGCUCUAGGAUCAUGGGGUUUGCUGAAUGGAUUGAAGGCAACUUGUUAUCCUUCAUUCAUGGAUAAACUUCCUUCAGAGGUCAAUGCUGUAGAAUCGAGGGUGCAGAUUGAUGGGAACUGUGUGACCAGUCGAGGACCAGGAACGGCCAUGGAGUAUUCUGUUGUUUUGGUCGAACAAUUAUAUGGCAAAGAAAAAGCUGAUGAAGUUGCUGGUCCAAUGGUCAUGCGCCCCCAGCAUGGUGUGGAGUUCUCAUUGAAAGAGUUGAAUUCAACUAGUUGGAAUGUUGGUGAAACACCUCAGAUUCUUGUACCAAUUGCUAAUGGGACAGAGGAGAUGGAAGCAACUAUGAUAAUCGACAUCCUCAGAAGGGCGAAAGCAAAUGUUGUCGUUGCGUCCUUGGAGGAAACUUUGGAGAUUGUUGCAUCCAGGAAAGUGAAGAUGGUUGCUGAUGUUCUGUUGGAUGAUGCUCUUAAGCAGCAAUAUGAUCUCAUUUUGUUACCAGGUGGUCUUGGUGGUGCCCAAGCAUAUGCAAAGUCAGAUAAACUGAUUGGUCUGAUCAAGAAGCAAGCUGAGGCAAACAAGCUAUAUGGAGCUAUAUGUGCCUCGCCAGCAAUCGCCCUUGAACCACAUGGCCUGCUGAAGGGAAAGAAGGCUACAUCCUUUCCUGGUAUGUGGAACAAGCUCUCGGACCAAAGCGAAUGCAAGAACAGGGUUGUCGUUGAUGGCAACCUAAUCACCAGCCAAGGUCCAGGCACAUCCAUGGAGUUCUCUCUCGCCAUCGUGGAGAAGCUGUUUGGUCGGGAGAGGGCCGUCGAGCUCGCCAAAACCAUGGUCUUCAUGUGAGUUGUGUUGUUACAUACUACGUGUAAGACAACACCAUAGUCAGACUCUGAAUAUGAGGCAUCCUUUUGCUCGUAGCUGGUGUGGUGGAAAGCACUUCGUAAUCCUUUUUUUUGGCUUUCUCUUCCACAAUAACACGACGUCUUGUUAUGUGUACAACCGUACAAAUGCAAUAAAAAGAGAUGGAUAUUGCACCUU